CGCCACGUCACAUUAACUGGUUUCACUUACUCACAUAGUCGGAGACAGACAUCUACAGAGAUCAGUUUGAUGGCAGUUCACUGAAAGGCUACCGUACCUAAUUCUAAUUAAACAGAUUGAAACCCUUUCAUCAAAAAUGGCUUACCAUUAUUCCGCACUAUUUAUUGUGAACUUUCUCGUUUUAGUUUCUGCACAGGAUGUUGAGUAUUACCUCAAGGGUCAGGAGAUACGCUUGGUGCCAUCCAUCAUUGGAAAACCUGAUGGAAUUCUCUGGAUGCACGAUGGAAAUGAAGUGGUAUAUUUUGUGGGCAUGGAGCAAAGUGUGUUCCCUCCAUAUGAGAACAAAAUCAUUUUGGACCAGGCCUCUGCAGAACUCACCAUCAAAAACGCCACAUAUGAAGACAGCGGAGAAUAUGCCCUGGAAGUGUUGAUAAACAAGCGAGUGCAUCCUUUCCAUUACAGAAUUGAGGUCAUAGACAAAGUAUCCAAACCCAGCAUAUCCUGUGAGAUGAGUGACACAAAUCGGGUGACGCUCUUUUGUGCUACAGAGUCCAAACACCCUCAUUUGCUACAUUUUACGUGGAGCUCACGUGGAAACCAGCAGACUGGACCAAAUUUACCAAUAACUGUCAGGAAUGAGGAUGAUGAUCAAGUUUAUCGUUGUGAUGUCAGCAACCCUCUGACCAAUGAAAUGGCUUCAUUCACUGUGAAGGACUGCUUCCUGGAUAAGAGAUCACAUGAUCUACUUGCCAUCUGUGCAGCAGCAUGUGCACUCAUUACUGUGUCCUUGGCUCUUGGAUUCAUUUUGGGUUGUGUGUGUCGUGGAAAACAUCCAGAAUACUGUAAACCAAGUGUUUUGAAAAGACAGAGAAAUGCAACACAAGAAGCCAAACUGACACCCAUGGUUCUGUCCAACAAUUUAGAAGAACAGCACAACGGGUUUAAAAACAAGUUGGCUGCGAAUCUGUUGAAGCCUGAUACAGCCCCGAGACUCGCUCCUUUCUUCAACAUACUUCAUUUCCCUUCGACGACAGCCGCAAACACUCCCACUCAACUUGAGGAUGUCAGCAAGAAUCAGAAAAUCAAUAUUGAAGCUUUUGCGGAAAACGGGGAAAGUGAAGAUGACUUACCGAGUCUAAAUGCAAACAUCCACCGCCGAGAAGGAAUCAGAAGAAGCAACAGCUUGACCGAAGCCAGACAUGGCAGAGCGACAGAAAUCCCACACCAUUCUGUGAAAGCUCACCAGGAAUUAUAUGAGAAGUUUCUGGAUUCAUCCAAGAACUGCGCUGCUUCCUCUGCUUCACUUAAUUUCCCUUUGACCUCCACAGACAUGAACACGACCACUGAACUUGAGGAUAUCAGUCAGGAUCAGCAGGUUUAUGAAGGACCUUCUGGGGAAAAUGUGAAAAGAGAAGACGACUUACUGUGUCUAAAUGCAAACAUCCACCGCCGAGGAGAAGGAAUCAGAAGAAGCAAGAGCUUGACAGAAGCCAGACGUGGCAUAAAGACAGAAGUCCCACACCAUUCUGUGAAAGCCCACCAAGAAUUAUAUGAGGAGGAGUCAGUGGAUUUAUCCAAGAACUUCACCGCUUCCUCUGCUUCACUUAAUUUCCCUUUGACCUCCACAGAAAUGACCACCACCGAACUUGAUAUCAGUCAGGAUAAGAAAAUUUAUGGACAAACUUCCGAGAAAAAGAUGAAAGAAGACAACUCAUUGCUUCCAAAUGUAAACCCCCACCAGCGAGGAGAAGGAAUCAGAAGAAGCAAGAGCUUGACCGAAGCCAGACGUGGCACAAAGACAGAAGUCACGUACCAUUUUGCAAAAGUCCACCAGGAGUUAGAUGAGGAGUGGGUGGAUUUGUGUGGUCGUCAUUCCCCUUUGACCUCCACAGACAAGAACACCGGCGAGACUAUGGAGAAAUCUUUAUUUGAAAAUUUGAAAAAUGAAGGUGACUUAUUGAGUCAUCCACACUUAUAUCCAAGCCACACUUACAUCCUUUCCAUAGCUUAGGUGGAUGUCAACUUGACUACCAGCAAAGAGUAAAGAUACAUGUGUACCACUCUUUACCAUACAGUAGUACCUCGCAUAACGUAAACCUCCUUUUACGUAAAUUCCACUGAACAUAAAGAAUGUAAAGUUUCUGCAUCGUAUUACGUAAGAAAUUCCAUAUAACGUAAAGCGUCAAGUCGGUGCAAGUUCAGAAAUUCCAUUUGAAUAGCGCGCGAGACAGAGAGGGAAACAUUUUCCAUGACUAACAGAGCACACUUGGUGACGCCUUCUGACGCUUCACGCUCUCGCUGGCUGAUUAUCAGGGCACCGCCUGCGCUCUCAUCUCAUUGGCUGAUUAUCGGGGCACCGCCUGCGCUCUCAUCUCAUUGGCUGACUUAUACAGCGCGUACGUGAGUUUGUGUGAGAGACAGGCUUCUCCCUUCCUCUUCGUAGUCGCCCUUAAACCAGUUGAUUGUUUUUGUUUUUCAGUUUUAUUCAUAUACAGUAAUCGGAUUUAUUACCUUAUUUUAUAUUGGAAUGUUACUCUACUAUGUUUAUGCUAACGUUUUCUUAUAUUUUCCCACCAUAUUUGGUGGACUUAAUAUAUUAACAAUAUUUUGAAGGGCCAAAGGGGUGAGUUUGUCAAGAUCUUGGAACGGAUUAGGCUAUUUACAUGUAUUUUACACUUCGUAUGAAGUAAAAACCCUAAAAUGUAAACAUUCUCGGAACGGAUUAUUUACGUUGUAGGGGCAUUUACUGUAUAUUAGGGGUGUAACAAUUCGAUACAUCGAGGCCUGCAUGAAAUGACACUUGACUUUCUUCCCUGGACUUUUUGAUUAUCCAAAAAAUGUAAAUGGCUACUACACAGCAAAUGGAGGAGUGUUAAUUUUUUGUGUAAUUGGUGUAAAAUAAACAUUUUUUGGUGAAUCUUGAAGUUGGAGUGUCAAUCUUACACUAUUUGGAGUUGAUCUAACACUGCAUUUUCUUAAAA